GGAGAAAGAGGAAAUGUAUUCAGAUGGGAAGGAAAAGGCUGAAUAUAGUGAUGGACUGAAGGAGGAGGAGGGAAAAGAUCCGGACGAAGGGGGGAAUGCUUCCGGUCUUGUAGACAGGAGUGACUCUAUUCAGGACAACAUAUGCAGAGGAGAGAACAUGGGAGAGAAGAGGACUGAGCUCACUGCAAGCAGGGGAAAUUUUCCUUACAAAUCAGCCAUUAAUAAUCCAGGGAGGAUGUAUGACAAAAAGAAAAUCUAUCAGUGCCUGAAGGGUGGGAAAAGCUUCAGUCACAGUGGAAACCUUUAUUCCUACCAACGAAUUUACACAGGGAAGAAACCAUAUAAAUGCCUCGAGUGUGGGAAAAGUUUCAGAUGGAGGGGAGAUCUUAAUUCUCACCAAAGGAUUCACACUGGUGAGAAACCAUAUAAAUGCCUGGAGUGUGGGAAAAGCUUCAGUCACAGGGGAAACCUUUAUUCCCACAAAAGGAUUCACACUGGUGAGAAACCAUAUAAAUGCCUCGAGUGUGGGAAAAGUUUCAGUCAGAGUGUAACCUUCUCUUCCCACCAAAGAACUCACACAGGGGAGAAACCGUAUAUAUGCCUGGAGUGUGGGAAAAGUUUCAGUCAGAGUGGAAAACUUACUAUUCACCAAAGAAUUCACACUGGAGAUAAACCAUAUAAAUGCCUGGAGUGUGGAAAAUGCUUCAGUCGGAGUGGAACUCUUAAUUCCCACCAACGAAUUCACACAGGGAAGAAACCAUAUAAAUGCCUGGAGUGUGGAAAAUGCUUCAGUCAGAAGGGACACUUUGAUUCCCACCAACGAAUUCACACAGGGGAAAAACCAUAUAAAUGCCUGGAGUGUGGCAAAUGCUUCCAUCAGAGGGGAGAGCUUAAUUCUCACCAAAUAAUUCACACUGGUGAGAAACCAUAUAAAUGCCUAGAGUGUGGAAAACGCUUCUGUAGGAGGUCACACCUUAUCUUACAUGAAAGGUUUCACACUGGGGAUAAACCAUAUACAUGCCUGGAGUGUGGAAAAUGCUUCAGUCAGCGUGGACAUCUUAAUUCCCACCAAAGAAUUCACACUGGAGAUAAACCAUAUAAAUGCCUGGAGUGUGGAAAAUGCUUCAGUCGCCGUGGACAUCUUAAUUCCCACCAACGAAUUCACACAGGGGAGAAACCAUAUAAAUGCCUGGAGUGUGGGAAAUGCUUCCGUUGGAGGGGAUAUCUUAAUUCUCACCAAAGGAUUCACACUGGUGAGAAACCAUAUAAAUGCCUGGAGUGUGGGAAAAGCUUCCGUAGGAGUUUAGAACUUAUCUCACACCAAAGGAUUCACACUGGUGAGAAACCAUAUAAAUGCCUGGAGUGUGGAAAAUGCUUCAUUUGGAGGGGAACUCUUAAUUUUCACCAAAGGAUUCAUUCUGGUGAGAAACCAUAUAAAUGCCUGGAGUGUGGGAAAAGCUUCCGUUGGAGGGGAGAUCUUAAUUCCCACCAAAGUAUUCACACAGGGAAGAAACCUUAUAAAUGCCUGGAGUGUGGAAAAUGCUUCAAUUCGAGGGGAGAGCUUAAUUCUCACCAAAGGAUUCACACAGGGGAGAAACCAUAUAAAUGCCUGGAGUGUGGAAAAUGCUUCAGUCAGACUGGAAAUCUUAAUUCUCACCAAAAGAUUCACACUGGUGAGAAACCAUAUAAGUGUUUGGAGUGUGGGAAAAGUUUCUCUUGGCGUGACAGUCUUAAUCGCCAUCACAGAAUUCACACAGGGGAGAAACCAUAUAAAUGCCUGGAGUGUGGAAAAUGCUUCAGUCAGAGGGGUAACCUAACUUCCCAUGAAAGAAUUCACGUAAGAGGAAAACCAUAGAAAUGCUUGAAAUAUGGAAGGAUAUUACAUCAGGUCAAAAUUAACAAGCAGCGAAAAUUUUGGCUGUCAAAAUUAGCAAGCAGCGAAAUAAAACACGGAAAUAAUGAGUUCCAUAAUUACAUAUAAUUACAUGAACGUUUUUAGAAUUAACCACCAAGUCAUGGAACCCACCAGCCACUGCAUGUGGGCAUUCAGCAGGGGAUGGGAAACCAUCCAUGCCACCCUGCGCAUACCACGUUGCAUACACUCAUUCAGGAGUCCCUAGCAAUUUGGGCAACACCCGCCAGACACAGAGUGGUACCCAAUGGUCAACUCCUUCGCAGCUAUGGAGUUGGAUGUCACCAAUAUGCAGAUGACACCCAACUCUAUAUCUCGCUAUCCCGGUCCCCACAGGAUGCAGUGGAAAUCUCAGAACGCUGCCUGGCAGCGUGGUGAAAUGGUUAAAAAACAACAAAUUGAAACUGAACCCAGACAAGACUGAAGUGAUGCUUGUGUACAAACCUGUGUGAUGGAGCCUAACCUGUAUGAAUUUGAAGGCAUAACGGAAGCCAUUUUACUGUCUCGUGUCUGAUACAAAAAGCCAUGUUCUGUCUUUCACUGAGCUAAAACGCUGUGACCCUUGAUCAGAAGAGCAUGUUUUAUUGUAUCUUACGAAAUGCUUUUCCAGCUAUGAUUCCUCUGUCUUCUUUCGUAGUUUCAUAGUCUGGCUUCUUUCAACCUUACAAGAUUUUUGAAAAGCUUUUUCCUGCGACCUGUGAAAGUUUGAUCUGAAUAAAUUCUGUAAAUUCA